AUGAAAUCAUUGCUCUCUUUAUCCCUUCUCCUUCUACCUAGCGUUGUGCUUGCAAACGUGGAGAAGGUUAUUUUUACAGCACUCAAGCCCAGCCCUCUACUGUUACAUCAAUCGUUGUUUGAUGACUUGGAGAUAGAGAGGUUGUCCCCGCACAGGCCUUCAGUCAGAACAUAUCUCUCAGCUGCGUUCCCGUCCAAGGAGGCUCCUCUCGGGUUUGAAAGCUGGUUUUAUCUUGAUUCUUUAAAACCGGGCCAGCGAUACGAGGUUCGCAUUUGUUACCUCGCAACUCAACCAACCUCCUUCACACUGACAACCCACGCUCUAUCGGAAAUCCUUGACUCCCCUUCCCUAAUCUCCAGCUUAACCACCUUCGCCACAUCUCAUAUUCCAACCCUCCUCCAACACAUCUGCCAGAGACAUGAUAGUGACCGGCACGAAUAUGACAAGUCCAAAUCUCAGUUCUUUACACUCCCGCCGAAACUUGGCCGUUCAGCUAGACGGUCUGGCACCAGGUCUUCCACCUCUUCUUUAUUCCUGCAAGUACAUGCCGCUGCGGAAUACUUCACCCUUGACAAAGGACUGAUGGAGGAUGUACCCCUUGUGCAUGUUGAUGUUAUUCUUGAUCCAUACGUGUUGAAUGUCUUUCCCAAAUCUCUUCUGCCUACGGCUGCGUAUAUUCUUAUCCUUGCAGUGGCGGGCUGCGCUAUAUCCUGGCUUGUGUGGGCUGGUGUUGAGGGUGCGGUUAGUUUGGCCAAGACGAAGAGGGAAGGAGGCCUGACAGACGGCAACGAAGAAGACAAGGGUCACAGAAAGAAGCACAUUUAA